AUGGCGAACCAGGCGACAUUGGAAAAGCCGACGGGCGAAUACCGCCAGUACCUACCAGACCUCAGCCUGAAGCGGUUCGAGGUGAUGUGCCAGCAAGAUGCACACGAGUACGCCCAUGAUUUCAAAACUGGACACCAGCCGCCAUGGCUGCAUGCAUUGUAUAUGCAUUGGUUGGAGUUAUUGCAGGAACCGUUCAAGGGUGUUACUACUGAUGGAGCUGUCCGCCCAGAUCUAUUCACUCUUCAAGACGAAGAAGUCCCAAUCCAACAAAUCGUCGACGCAACAAACGCAGUAACAGCCCAACUAACCUCCACCCAAAAAGAAGCCAUAAACUAUCAUAUCGACUCACCCCACUGGCGCACAUGGUCAAACCCAGAAUUCCUUCUCGCCCACAAAGGAAUUCGCCUGGAUGAAGUGACCCCUCAAAUCCGCGAUGCGGUAAUGAACGUCCUAAAGACAACGCUUUCGCCUGAAGGUUACGACAAAGCCGUCAGCGCAAUGCGCAUCAACCACUUCCUUGGCGAACUAGUCAAAUCACCCGCCGUAAUGAAUGAGUUCAGCUACAACUUUGUCCUCUUCGGCCGACCAUCAACAACCAGACCAUGGGGCUGGUCCUUCUACGGCCACCAUCUGUGUCUGAAUAUCUUCCUGUACAAGGGACAGAUCAUUGCCUCGCCGUGGUUUACAGGCGCAGAGCCGAACGAGAUUGACGCGGGCCCGCAUGCUGGCACGCGGAUUAUGCAAAUCGAAGAGAAGCUGGGCUUGCAGCUUAUGCAAUCUCUUUCGGCUGAACUGCAAUCCUCAGCGCGAGUCUUCGCGCUCAUGAAAGACCCCGCCAUGCCGCCUGGCCGCUGGAACAAAGAUGACCAGCGACACCUGUGCGGCGCGUACCGGGAUAACCGGGAAGUUCCAUACGAGGGUAUUCUCGCGUCGACGUUGAACGAUGAGCAGAAGGGGCUUAUGUACGGGAUCCUGGAACAGUAUUUGCUCUACUUGCCGGCGAAAUCGCGGGCGUUGAAGAUCGAGCAGGUGCGCGCGCAUGAGGAGGAGACGUAUUUCUGUUGGAUUGGUGGGUUCGGCGAUCAGGAUCCGUUUUAUUAUCGGAUUCAGAGCCCUGUGAUUCUUGUUGAGUUCGAUCAUCAUUCGGGUGUUUUCUUGAAUAAUGAGGAGCCGAAGAAAUUCCAUAUUCAUACGCUUUUGAGGACACCUAAUGGCGGUGAUUAUGGGCAUGCGUUGCGGCCUUUGAUUCCUGCUAUUGAGGGGUUGAAUGGGAAGGAGAUUGUUUGGUAG